AUGCAGGAGACGGGGCUCUCCGGGAACGUGGUGUCCUACAGCAGCUGCAUCGGCGCCUGCGAGUGGCCCCGCGCAGCUCAGCUGCUGGCAGUGCUGCGCUCGAGGUGCCAGGCGAAUUUGGUGGCCUUCAACAGCGCGGCGAAGCAGGCGCCCUGGACACGGGCGCUAUUCCUGGAGGUCCGGCAGCGGGGCCUCCAGCCCAGCGCCGUGUCGCUGGGCACCGCCCUGGCGGACGCUUCCGGAUGGCCCAGAGCCGUGCAGCUGCUCCGCGAGACACGCGCCAGGUUGCUGCGGGCCAACCAGGUCAUCUACACCGCCGCAGCCGCCCACUUCAGCGGAGUGUGGCGGCAAGGCGCCGAGGCUCUGGCGGAGAUGGCGCAGAAGGCCCUGGAGGUGAACCUCAUGGCCUACAGCUCAUGCAGCGAAGGUGGCCCUUGGCUCUUUUGCCUGGGACUCUUUCAGCAGCUCGAUGUGUCGCAGCUGCAGCCUGACGUGGUAGCCUUUGGGGCGGCGAUGAGUGCCUGCAGCCACGGAACGUGGCCUCAAGCAUUAGCGCUCCUUCUUCAAGCACAUUCGCAAGAGCUGCGCGGCGCCGCACUAGAUGUGGGAGCUAUUUGCGCUGCCGAGAGGAGCAGCCAAUGGCGGCAAGCAUUGUUGCUGCUGGAUACCAUGCGGCGGCGGGGUGUGCAGGAUGUGGCAGCAGCAAAUGCUGCCAUCAGCGCUUGUGGAAAGGCGGAGCAGUGGCAAGCGGCCUUGGCCUUGCUCGCCAGCAUGCAGGAGGUCACCGUAAUCUCCUUCAACGCGGGCAUCAGCGCCUGCGAGAAGGCGUCGCAGUGGCAGACGGCGCUGGGCCUCUCCAGCCGCAUGCCCGAAGGCCGUGUGCAGGCGGACAGUAUCACCAUCAACGCCUUGAUCAGCGCUUGCGAGAAGUCCGCCAUGUGGCGCCAGGCCUUGCAGCUCCUGGCGAUACCAGCGGCAGCGGAGAGCCUCAUCGCCCGCAAUGCUGCCAUGAGCGCCUGCGAGAAGUCUGGGCAGUGGCAAAUGGCUCUUGGCUUGCUCAUGCAGCUACCGGACAUCACUCUUCAGGCUGACACCGUCAGCUACAAUGCGUGCAUCUCCGCCUGCGAGAAGUGCGCAGUGUGGACCUGGGCCGUGGAGCUGCUGUCAGGCAUGGAGCCCGACACUGUCUCCUUUAGCGCUGCAAUCAGCGCCUGCGAGAAGGGGCAACAGUGGCCAUUGGCAUUGUGGUUGCUGCAGAGCCUGGAGCUGGCGCUGGGCUUCGAGGCGGUGGCCUGCAAUGCAGCCAUCAGCGCCUGCGAGAAGGGUUUCCAGUGGCAGCGCGCUUUGGUCUUGUUGAAGAGCAUGAAGGCCAGCUCACUGCCAGGCAGCAUCAUCACCUACGGGGCUCUGAUCACUGCCUGCGGCAAGUGCGAGCAAUGGCGGCAGGUGCAAGCGCUGCUGGACGAGCUUCACUCCCUGCACCUGGAAGCGAAUGGCAUCACUUGCAAUGCCGUGAUCAGCGCCUUCCGGAAGGCCGAGCAGUGGCAAUUGGCCGUGGCCCUUUUCCACCAGCUGCGGGCAGAUGCCGCACAUUUGGACGUGCUCACCUUCGCUGCAGCGGGCGAAGCAGCAGCCAUGGGCCUUCAGCCGGUGGCAGAGGUUUUGACUGCUGCGCAGCAGCGCGCAUUGCAGAACCUCGUAGUUCAAGUCUUCGGCGCGAACCCAUCAUGCGCCUCCGUUGGCACAGGAUACAAUGAUCCGUCCAACGAGGCGCAGCACGUCACCGCGGAUGACGCCACGGCUUGCCAGGAAGACUGCAAGCGGACGGAGAUCUGUGCAUUCUUCACCUGGUAUCCGGACUCCAAAGGCUGCUGGCUACAGAGCUCCGCGUCCGUGAAGAAUGUGACCUUCGAUGGCGUGGUCAGCGGGCCCGUCAGGUGCAUUCUGGACGAUGCAAAAGAACAGAUCAAAGCAGGCUCGCAGGAAGUGGUGAAUGCUUUGAACAAGAACACUGGCGCGGACUUCAAGUGGAAGUGGGUUUGGGUCCUCAUUGGCCUCGGCGCAUCCGCCGUUGGGCUUUGCUGUGUCGCCGCUGUUUGCUGCAGUGGCGGCAAGAAGUCAAAGCGUUCCUCCAAGGUGGGCGCACGGGAUGUGGAGAAGCAAGCCUCAAGGGCUGAAGAAGCGCCUUUGGUGCAGGCGCCCGCGGCAACGGCGCCAACUUUUGCCUACCCGGGAUACCCGGCCACCUACCCGGCUGCGAACUACCCCAGCUACCCCAACUACCCGGCAGCUCCGCAGGGCUACGUCUACCGCUAGCCUGCUCGAUGUGGAGAAGCCAUUUUGCGCGGGUGUUUACAGAAAGCUGAACAUGGACGCGCACGAUGUGUCGUCGAUUUGGCGUCAAGCAUCCGACGUGAAAUCCAAGUGCAAUGAGCCAAAGUGCUCAGUUGCAAUGGAGCUCGACUUGCCCUGGGC